AUGUUCUCACCAGAGGAUCGACUUCAUUUUUGUGUGCAAACAGCGCUAACAAUAAUUCUACGAUUGCAAAUAGUAGAGGACUUAACUGCAGAAGAUCGUUCUUUCACUCAAACAAUAAACCGGCACAAGCUGACCAGUAUUUUAACGAUAUGUCUCAUGGCGAUCGAAAUCGAUUCGGAAAACAUCUUUGCUAACAUUCUUUCAAAAGUAGCCACUGUGGAGUUGGCACGCGUGGAUGAUAAUAUCGAAGAGUACAAAGAAGCGCUUGGAGUGCUGCAGGAUUACGCUUAUACAUGGAUGAAGAGAGUUAGAGAAGGGAAACUUUACGCAUUCGCCGCCUGGGGCUACCUCUGCGUAAGUUUUACCACUGAGCAGUCAUCAUAA